GAAGAGUGACAUGAUUUGUAGCAGGAAAACCACAAAUUGGUAUCAAGAUCAUUUCCUCACUAACUCAGCUGUUGUUUUAUCUACCAACAGCGGAUAUUUCUAGUCAAAUUGGGCGUGGUCAAUUGACGAAUUCACGAUUCUUAGCUUUGUUGAACAAUCGAGUUGUGAGACUUUUACUUGUUCUCUCAAGAAACCAACGAAUUUUAAAACGCUUUUUCGCGGAAUCUUGCCACAAGUAAAGUGUUUAGGUCCUACGAAAUGAAUCGAGCACGACCGAUAAAGAUUACUGUCGUCGGUGACGGUAUGGUGGGGAAAACGUGCAUUCUCAUUGUGUAUACGAAGAAAGAAUUUCCUGAGAUACACGUUCCGACCGUGUUUGACAACUAUUCUGGCACGGUCGAAGUUGAUGGAUAUCCUUAUAGCAUUACAUUGUGGGACACAGCCGGUCAGGAAGAAUAUAAAAAUCUUCGCAUCUUGUCCUAUCCCAAUACGGACGUUUUCUUACUUUGCUACGCAGUUAGCCAUCGGUCUUCUUUUGAAAAUAUUGUACAAAAGUGGAUCCCUGAACUGAAGCACUAUUGUCCUCACACGUCCAUCAUCCUUGUCGGAACGAAAGCAGACAUACGGAGCGACUAUGGAUCGACCAAUAGACAAUGCGUAACUACGCUUGAGGGCAGAGAAUUGAGCAAGAAGUUCCAGAUCAAUGGUUUUUACGAAUGCUCGGCAAAAACAGGGGAAAAUAUAGUACAAAUUUUCGAAGAGGCCAUUCGGGUCGCUAUAAAUAAACCAAAACCAAAGCCGUCCAGGUGCGACCUUCUUUAAAUCAUUAAACUUAAGUCUUCAACUACAUACGGAGAAAAUCCUUAUACCCGGAGCGGAAUAAACGGAAAUAGAAAAGGAAAAAAAAAAGAAACGAAAAGGA